AUGGUCACGAAACCCCACAUAACAUUCGUACGCUGGCAUUUGGAACACAAUUUUGGCAUUGGUGAUGAUUAAAAUUAGGAUACGUGCUAUAGUGGGAGUAAUGAUAUUUCUGGGGUAUUUUCUAACAUACGUAGUCCGAUAUAACCUCAGCGUUCAUAUUGUUGACAUGGCUCAAGUAUUGAAUAGAGAUGAUAUUGUAGAGAACGACAACCUGGACAUCAAGUGUUGUGUUAAGAGAACCGGGAUUGUUGACAUAAUAAGCUGGGAUGAUACAAAAGUUGGAAAACUAUUUUCUGCUUAUCAUAUAGGAUAUUGUAUUUGCUUCCCAAUAUUUCAUAGUUUUGGUGAUAGGCUAGGUCCAACGUGGGUUGUGGGCAUCGCCGGAAUGCUGUCAGGAGUCUUGUGUUGCCUCACCCCAGCUGCCGCCUAUUAUCACUUUUGGGUGCUAUUUUUGGUGCGGAUCAUAAAGGGAUUUUGUGCUAUUUUCUUUAAGGGUGCGAUGCAGCCAAGCAUGGUGCAGGUGCUGAGGUACUGGGUCCCACCGAUAGAAAGAAAUCAUUUUAUGUGGGCUUAUUGUGGUAUAACGACGGGGACGUUUUGCACCUUCCUCAUGUGCGCAGGUGUGCACUACUAUUCCCGAUGGCCGAUAGGUUUUUAUAUCUCUGGUGGAACCCAAAUUAUGUGGUCUCUUUUAUGGGUUCUAGUAGUCACCGAUGCUCCAAAAAAACAUCCUUGUAUUUCAGACGAGGAACUAGCUUAUUUAUUCAAUACGAUAGGGAAUGUUUUCCCCAUUAAACUGACGAACUCCCAAGCUCCUUGGAGAUUGAUUCUAAGGUCAAUACCGUUUUGGGCACUUUGUAUUUUGAAUUUUGGGUAUUCAUGGAUGAUUAUUUCUCUGUGUAUUCACGGACCACUUUAUUACACUAAAGUCCUGCGAUACAGUAUUUAUACAGCCUCAGCACUCACAGCCUUGCCAUUUCUGAUACGUUUAAUUUUGGGGACAAUCCUUAUUCAGACGUUUCAUUACUAUAGAAACAGUCCACGAGUUGUAAGAUUGACUCAUUUGAGGAAGUAUUUCAUUUUUUUGUCCCACGUGAUUCCUGGUCUUGUGGUGUGCAUAUCUUGGAUGCUUCCAAUAGCCCCGGGCCCGCUCUUACUUACUAUAGCUGUGGGACUUACUGCCGCCGGCAUGGACCUGACAUUGGACUUGUGUUACGAACUUUCACCAGCGUUUGUGAAUUCUAUAAACACUGUGAUUAAAAUUAUUGGAAACACUUCUGGUAUAAUAGUAUCAUUAGGCGUUGGACAAGUAACAAACAAGAUUAAGAAUGUGACGAUCGUUUGGAAGCAUAUCUGGUGCUUUCACGCUCUAAUAUUAUUUUUGAGCGGAGUAAUAUUCCUUGUAUGGGGUGAGACUCAAGUACAGCCAUGGAAUCACACACGACGGGAUAGGCCUAGGCGCAAAUAUGUAGUCCAGCCGGUUUUAUCUCUUAUGUCCAAUAUAACAGAGGUAGAAGAAGGCAGUGUUCGAUCAUCGCUCGCAAAAGUAACACCAAAAUAAAUUAUUUAACUGUACUAAAAUGUUUUUGAAUUUCCGACACAAACUUAUGAAAAAGUAGUUAAAGUUUCUCGAAAUUGUGAGC